AUGGUUGCCAAUAAGAUCGCUAAGAAGUCGGACCUACAUGUUGCCAUUAUCGGUGAUGAGGAGACCGUAUCAGGUUUCUGUCUAGCUGGUUCGGGUAUGCGUGAUGGUAAUGGUAUUACUAACUUCCUCGUAGUAGAUGCCAAGACCCGACGUAAUGACAUCGAGGAAGCCUUUAAGACCUUCGUUGAGCGUCCCGAUGUGGCCAUCGUCAUCAUCAAUCAGCCCAUCGCCGAACAAAUCCGUCAUGUUGUCCGAAAGUACACCAGUAGUGGUUCAGCUAUACCUGCCGUUCUCGAGAUACCGAGUAAGGAGUCUCCUUAUAACCCAGCUCAGGAUUCCAUCAUGCAACGUGUGCAGAUGUUCUUCGGCCAGGCUUAAUUACGACGGCCAUCCACUAACGGUCGCGGCCUUCAGUAGACCUUAGUGGGGCUGGGGGUCGAUAACGAAGUAGUUGGAUCGGUUUCUUCGGUAACAUUUC